CCGAUAUUAUCUCAUGGCACAUGCUAAUGAAAAUCCCGAUACCUCACCACUCUGCCUCGUAUGCCGCUUCCUCGCGGACUUGCCACGAUCGAGAUUCUCAGAAGACCUGGUACUAGCAUGUCUGAAUACGCUACUCCCGAAGACCGAACUACAACUACAACAUUGGUUUGAGCCCGACUCCAAACCAGACGACUGGGCCAUCACAUUCCCGGAACUAUAUCUCCUUUCAAGACGAAAUGAUGUCAAUAAACGCUAUCUCGUAGGCUCUCAACCUAGGCACUUGAAGUUGACGUGGAAGGAGUUUCGCGAGUCGCAUGUUGCGAAAGUGUAUAUGCGACAUACGAAUACCGUUACCUUGGCUACUAGGAUGAAGAGCCCUUCAUACAUGUAUGUGAUUGCCAAGUUUUACCCUUCUUCCAUUGGUAAGCCUAGUGUCAAGUUUGAAACGGACUACUAUGGUUUCGAGAAAGCUUACUGCAGAUUGGAUGUCGAGUACAUCAAGAUGAGGGUUGAGAGGAUAUUGCUGGUGUGGAAAGAAGUGUGGAAGCCUACGAAGAUGACUUUUGAUGUUAUUGAAACCAUGGCAGAAGAUUUGAGGAAAAUGAACGAAGAGCUAAUUCAACCGUGCUUGCUCGAGAACUCUGAGAGCGAGAGCGGAACUCCCGAGGGUAUGUUGGAUUAGGGUAUGUACGCUUUGAACAUAGUUGGACCUUGUACCUCCCUGACCAAGCUAAUACCACACCCAUUUCUCACCAAUGCCGAGUUCGAUACCGUUAUGGUACCCAUUGUGAGCUAGUAGUCGUAUGGCACUCGUAGUGAUUUUUCAUCGUCGUCGUGGAG